CCUGCGUAUGGUGCUGGUUUCCCCGCUCUGUGCAGCUCGGCGGCGGCAGCAUGGGCGGCGCGCGGGACGUGGGCUGGGUGGCGGCGGGGCUGGUCCUUGGCGCCGGGGCCUGCUACUGCAUCUACCGGCUGACUCGGGGCCCGCGGCUAUGCGGGCGCAAGCUGCGCUCCUCACGGUCCGCAGAAGACUUAACCGAUGGUUCCUAUGAUGAGGUCUUAAAUGCUGAACAACUUGAGAAACUUCUCUAUCUGCUAGAGUCAACUGAUGAUCCUAUAAUUGUUGAAAAAGCCUUGAUCACCCUGGGAAAUAAUGCAGCUUUUUCAAUUAAUCAAGCCAUUAUUCGUGAGCUGGGUGGUAUCCCAAUCAUUGGAAACAAAAUCUACUCUCUGAAUCACAGUAUUAAAGAGAAAGCUUUAAAUGCACUAAAUAACCUGAGUGUGAAUGUUGAAAAUCAAGUCAAGAUAAAGGUAUAUGUCCAGCGAGUCUGUGAAGAUGUUUUUGCAGAUCCCCUGAACUCUGCUGUGCAGCUGGCUGGCCUGAGAUUGCUCACAAACAUGACUGUCACCAAUGAUUACCAGCAUCUGCUCAGCAGCUACAUUACUGGCCUGCUCCACCUGUCACUUAUUGGAAACGGAAGCACCAAGGUUCAGGUUUUGAAGCUGCUUUUGAAUUUGUCUGAGAAUCCAGCCAUGACAGAAGGACUACUGAGUGCUCAGGUGGAUUCUUCAUUUCUUUCCCUUUUUGAUGGCCAAAUGGCAAAUGAGAUUCUUCUCCGGGCACUUACACUGUUUCAGAAUAUAAACAACUGCUUCAGAGAAGGCUGCCCAGCUGGUCAGCCUCCCUUCGCUAAAGGGUCCUUGUUCUCCCUGCUGUAUGGAGAAGACUGUGCCCAGAAAAUGAGGGCUUUACUUUACCAUCAUGAUGUGGAUGUGAAGGAAAAGGCUUUAGCAAUAAUGCCCAAGUUCUGAUUAGUUGAUCUUGCUUUGCUUUAGAGUAAUGCAGUCUUAAGUUGGCACUCAGCAGCUUCCUGUCCGCUCCCUUUAAAGGGUUUUUCAGCUGAUGGAGUCAAACAAUAAAAGUCCUAUUUUAUUAACACAGUUCAGGGAAGCAGCUGUAAUCCAACAUGACAUUCAAACUUUGGGAUUUUGGAGUAGUUCAGAUUUGGGGUUUGAGGAUUAGGUAUGAUCAACAGUCUACAAAUACACCAGGCUGAACAUUCAGAGGAUGUGACUCACUGGUUUUGCUCUUUGGAUUUAUUUGAAUGAUUUUACUGGUAUCAGAUAAGUAUGAGAGAUUGUACUGAAGAUACUUAACUGAGAUUUUAAUGGUCCCCUCAUGUGGAAUGAGUGGCCUUUCUCUGUACAAUCCUGACUCCUGGAUUUGCAGCUGCUCAUGAGCCUGCCUUAGUUGCUGAGUUGAAGACUAUGAAGACAGAACCACCACAAAAGCCCUGCACCCUGCACACAAUGAUACCCAAGCUCAAGCCCACCUGCCCACCCCUCCACCAUCAGGUCAUUUGGUCAUCAUCAGAAUCUUCCCUCAUCAUUUCUGAUCAGUACAGCUGUAUUUCCAUUCACAGGGAAAAUGUUUUCUUAGUACUCACCGCCGUGUAUAAUGGACGUGUAAAAUACUGGAGAGCAAUCCAAGUUUGCACCCACAGGCAGCUGGUAAACCAAGCAGCCACACUUUUAAAAAGAUGGAUAUACUCAUACAGAAAUACACCUGUGAAGUGGAUGUUUUUAAAAGCAUACUGUAAAACAAUGUACUAUGGUCCUUUGUAUUUUUUUUAACAAUGAGAAACAUACAUGGACAGAACACUUCUAGAAUGUUACAUAAAACUUCUGGACAUAGGACUGGGAGGUAGGUACAUUGGAUUUUUUGUAUGUACUCAUUUUUACUGUUUGAAUAUUUUUUACUGAGCAUAAAUUGUUUAAUUUUUUUAAUAAAAAUAAAAAUGCAAAGUUGUACAAAA